AUGAGCGCCAAAUCCGACAUUGUGGAGGUUGGCUCCGACGCCGCGGGCCAGGCUAACAGACGGACCGACUCGUCGAGCCACAAUCACAGCUUGGCUCGCCACGACAACAACCCCCUGGCGCUCUCGUGGUUGUCUGAGGCGUUUCUGCACGCCAAUGACCGCUACGGGCGAAUCGCAACCGGCAGCCCCCGCUCCGGGGUCGGCAUCCUCGGGCUCAGACUGCUGGAGCACCAUAUCAACCUCGUCCCGACCAUGCGACACGGGGCCGCAGUCCCGGUGUUCGACCACUCGGUCAACAGCACGAGGCACCUUGGGUGGCGGCAGAAGAUAGCAACGUGGCCGCUUUCCAAGCAGGAGGCAAUGGACAACCGUACCUUUGCUGUUUGA